UGUCAAAAAACGCUGUCGAAAUUACUCGUUCUCCAAUAAAAUCAGUCCACGAUUUCUAACCUAUUAAGUUAGACGGUAUACUAAAAUGCGAUAAGUUAAAAUCUUAUAAAAAUCUGCACAAGGUGGUAAAGUGGGAUACAAAAAAAUGUUUCAUCAAAGCGUGUUGUCUUUUCUUUUUAUUUUAGGUGCUCUAACUCUAACGUCUGCUUUGUAUAGUUCUAAUUCUGAUGUUAUUCAGUUAACGUCGAAAAAUUUCGAUUCCUUAGUUUUAAGUAGUGACGAUAUAUGGAUAGUGGAGUUCUAUGCCCCUUGGUGUGGUCAUUGUCAACAAUUUGCACCCGAAUUUCAAAAAGCUGCGAAAGUGUUAAAGGGUAUUGUAAAAGUAGGAGCAGUAAAUGCUGAUGAAGAAGGUUCAUUAGGAGGAAAUUAUGGAGUUCGAAGUUUUCCAACAGUAAAGAUAUUUGCUGCUGAUAAAAAGAAACCAGAGGAUUACAAUGGAGGAAGAACUGCUCAAGCACUAGCAGAUGCUGCAGUAUUAGCUAUUAAAAAUAAAAUAAAUGCUAAGUUGGGAGGAAAACAGAGUGGAUCAGGCUCAAAGUCUGGCAGUGAUAAAGAUGUUAUAGAAUUAACUGACAGUAAUUUUGAUAAACUGGUGUUGCAAUCUGAUGAUAUGUGGUUAGUUGAAUUUUUUGCACCUUGGUGUGGUCAUUGCAAAAAUCUUGCUCCUCAUUGGGCAGAAGCAGCUACAGAAUUGAAAGGAAAGGUAAAAUUGGGAGCUUUAGAUGCAACUACAUAUACUUCUAAAGCUGCUGAAUAUGAAGUGAAAGGGUAUCCAACAAUAAAGUAUUUCCCAGCUGGUAAAAAAGAUCAUUCUUCUGUCCAAGACUAUGAUGGUGGAAGAACUGGCAGUAGCAUUGUUAAUUGGGCUUUAGAAAAGUUAGCUGAAAAUAUUCCAGCACCAGAACUUGUUGAAAUAACAAAUGAAGCAGCAUUUAAAGAAAAUUGUGACAAACCAUUGUGUGUUAUAUCAGUAUUGCCACAUAUUUUAGACUGUCAGUCAAAAUGUAGAAAUAAUUAUUUAAAAAUUCUACAAGAAAUGGGAGAAAAAUUUAAGAAGAAAAUGUGGGGAUGGUUGUGGACAGAAGCAGGAGCCCAACGUUCUUUAGAAGAUGCUUUAGAUAUUGGAGGCUUUGGGUACCCUGCAAUGGCUGUUGUCAAUGCCAAAAAGUUGAAAUAUUCAAUAUUAAGAGGACCUUUCUCAACAGAGGGUAUUAGUGAAUUUUUAAGGGACCUAUCUUAUGGAAGGGGAAAUACUGCUCCACUGAAAGGAGCACAGCUACCUAACAUUGAGUCUGUUGAUCCAUGGGAUGGAAAAGAUGGAGAAUUCCCAACAGAAGAAGAUAUUGACUUGUCUGACAUAAGUUUAGAUGAGAAAGAUGAAUUGUAAAUGUGUCAUCUGACUGUUUCUACUUAACCAAUUUAAACUGAUUAGUUUUGGUUUCUUUAUUUGUAUGUUACUUUAGUGUUAAUUAUGUUUGGUAAACUUCAUGGCUUCCAUUAAAAUUACAAAUUAUAUGUUUUGAAUGUA